GCCGUGAGAGACAGCAGACAAACUCCAGUGUGAAGAUCCUCGAGAUCAGGAUUGAGUUUCUCCACACUUACAGCCUCAGGUGUUCCUGAACCUCUGUUUUAAACCUGAUACUGCUCCUGAGGAGAUCUGAAACCCUCACAUUUACUCUGACAUCAGCAGGUUUACAGUGUCAACUCUUCCAGAAGAUAAACACAGAUUGUCAUAAUGGCGACGCACAAGCGGAUCCUACGUUCACUCGGUAAUGGCCCGACGAGGCGAAGUCUUUUCGGGCCGGUGGACCGAGAGCAGCUGCAGCGUGAGUACCGGGCGGCACUACGGCGCGAUCUGGAGGACGCAUCACGGCGCUGGAGCUUCGACUUUGCGUCUGAGAAGCCACUGGAGGGUGGAGACUUCCACUGGGAGGGCGUGUCUGGAGUGCGUGUGCCUCUGCUUUACCGCACGUGUCAGGAAAAUAAGCAGAAACGGCCCCGUGAGGCUCAUCAGCCCGGACCAUCCGCCGCCGGGAAGGAAAACAUCCCGAAAACACCAGAGCGAUGUGCUGCGCUCCUGCAUGAAGUGGAGAAAACCCCCGAGAAGAGGAACGAGCUGAAACGCAAACAGACCAACAUCACAGAUUUCUACCAAGCCAAGAAGCGUCUAGUGGCCACGCCGCGCAAAUCCGGCCAGUAGCUGACGAGCACACACACAGAUACACCGAUAAACUCUUGACCUGCAUCUACCUUCAUCUGUCUGGAGCUGCAUUCGUCUCGUAGCAGCGUUAUCGACAGAAAACGACCUUCAGGAACCAGAGACGACACCGUUUAUGCCAUUUUAUUUCAACCGUUUCAUGUCAACGGUUAACAUUUACAAAUGGAAAUGUUCUGGAAAGAUCCAUUCCUCAGUCUUCCAGAGAUUGUCUCUCGACGGGACCACAGAAUCAUGACAACUGUUUCAUUUCGAACAAUAUAAAGCGCUGAUUUUUAUUUCAGCGUACACAUAUUCACAUUGCCUUAUUGCACAAUACGUAGCUAAUUUUUCAAAACUCUAAACAUUUGGUGCCAAAUGUUGUUUUUUCCUUCUUAUAUUUAUAAUUCUAACCCUUUAUGUUAUUAUACACAUAAACCUACAUGAAGCUGCACGUAAGUUCUCACACAUUUAUAGUAAAUCAGCUGCAGUUACGUUUUUUACUACAUUAAAUUUUGUUUAAAAAAAAAAAAAACACUUGGUGACAUUCAUGAAACACGAGCAGAAAGAACUGAAAUUACAAAUUCGUUUUUGCAUAACUGGAAAUUAACGUACACAUUUUAAUGAAAACAUUUUUGCGCAAAUUUUUUGUGUUGAAAUAAAUUAAGAAUGGAAGUUUACGUGCACAAAAUGUAGUAAGAAUUGUGCAAAUAAAAUUACAUUAAAUUAAAUGUGCACAAAAUUAGCAUGAGAAUGCUUUACAAAGAAUUAUAGCAAAAAAUAAUUCUAAGAAAUAUUUUAAAUAUAUUGCAAUGAUAGUUUAAAUACAAGAAAAAAACGUAACCAAUAACUGAAAUUAACACACCGUUUUUUACGAAGAAUUUGAUCAUUUUUACUCAAUUUGUUCAUAAAAAUCUCAUUGCGCAAAAUGUCUAAUUGAGAAUUAGCGAAAAAAAAAAUUUGAUUGUAAAAAAAAUUCCACAAAUUCUCAAUUGACAUUUCGCGCAAUUCAAUUUUCAUACAAUUUGGAUUAGAUUAGACAGCACAGGACUGUUUUAGUUAGAACUACACCGAAAAUAUUUUAGAAAAGAGUCGCUUUCAUAUUAGUGUAAAACUGAACAAAAAAAUCUAAGAGAAAUUAAAAUACAGUAUUUUUUCGUAACGAAUUUGCACAGAAGUGCGUUCUGCUCUUGCUCCAUGAACGCUGAAACUACAGCAUAUUUACAAGCACUCUACAAAUACAAUAAAAUAAACUUCAAAAGAAGUAGGAACGCCAGCUUUCAUGCUUUUCCUAAUCAAGAUCUCAGCUCUGUCAGCUUUCUGAAGUUUAGCAUUCAGCUCGUUUCCUGCUCUAUAACUCUUCUUGUUUUCUACUUGUAGUUUUCUGCAAUCCCGUCUGUAAAUAUCCUGUUUAUUGGAAAAUUCGCUGUCGAUUGAGAAUUGCACUUGGGUUUCUUUCUUUUUUUUUUGGGGUAGUGUAGCCUGCACAGGUCUGUUAUUGUUAAAGAGCUCUAAAUAUAUGCUGUAUUUAUUUUACAGAUUAAUAUUGUGUUGUAGAUUUACAUGUAAUUGUUCUUGUAAUAAAGCCGUUUAUGAUAUAAA